AAAACUUCAAAAUUUUGUAUACAAAAAAUUAGAAAAAAAAAUUAAUAAAUAAAUAAAUGAAGGAAAAUUUUAAUCGCAACCGAUUUAUGAGAUUUGCGGAUAAUUGAAUCUGAAAAGUCAUAUAAAACUUGUAAACGAUAGAAAUUAUUUGAAAUUAAUUAAUUAAUUAAUCGUGAAGUGUUGGGAAGAAGUUUUCAUAAUUUAUUGAGGUUUUGUCAAUGAGUUGAUCGCACUGCUUUACGGUUUAUGACAAGCACUUAGAAAGUUCAAGUUCCUAUACAUCAUCCGACCCUUUAUAAUAAUAUGACAAAUUAUAAUCCAAAUUGUGGCUUUUACGAGGAUUACGGUAGCAGCGGUUAUUAUACCGCAGCGAAUAAUAUCUACCAACAGGAUUAUUGUAUGCAACAGGAUUACAAUGAAUAUAAUAAACAUGUUUAUGAUCUUUUUGAUGCCAAAAUACCAUCGUCGCAAAGAUCUUCCGGCUUUCAUAUAUCGGACAUUUUGAAUUUAGAAGGAUCGGAACUAAAGAACGGUGUUGGUAACGCGCAAAACAGUGAUAUAACAAGUAUAAAUUCUAGUCAUACCACCUCUCAUCAUGCCAACGCCAUCAGCAAUCAUUUAACAUCGGUAACCAGUCUUAAUGACAAUCCUACGCAUACUUCUGCUCUGUCAGCGACGAGUGUAUCAAGUCAACCACCGCACAUCACUAAUUUAGAUCAGAAUAACGCACCCGCUUCCACAUCAAAUAUUGUGACAGCUACAGCUCAGGCUCAGGCUCAGGCUCAGGCCGCAGCACACCUCAUAGCCACCCAUAAUGCUGCCGCAGCAGUGGCUGCUGCCGGUCAAUAUUUACCAAAAAAUUUCACCAAUGGUUUUAAUGAUGACAUGUCCUCAUACCAUCACAUGGCUCAUACGAUGCUAACACAUACUGGACGAGGAUCAACAUGGAUCAAGGAGAAUGAUAUAUAUGGAAUUCAACAAUCCGCCAGUCCCGAUAGUACUUCGCCGGUAAAUUCUGAAGUCUCAUACACAUAUAUCGGCUCCAAUUGCCAAACUUCACCGGCGCUAUCAGGCGAUUAUAAAUCGUACAGUCGUUCGGCAGAUAGUGAUGCUUUGUCUGUGGGUGGCGGCGAUAAUUCAAAUGUACAUACGAUGCAUACGCAACAUGCUCAAGGUUUGUUAAAUAAAGGUCAUAAUGAUAACGGGGCUUUAAAUUCCGCCAACGCCCAAGACGAUAGCCUAUUGGAAGACGGCAUUGAAGAGGAAAUCGAAGAUGAUAAUGAUCAAGAUGGUUGCAAUGGCAAUGGUGCGGGCAGUAGUGGUGGUGUGGGGCCGGACGGUAUGCCUACGAAAAAGCGCAAACGUCGCGUAUUAUUUACCAAAGCCCAGACCUAUGAAUUAGAAAGACGUUUUCGCCAGCAACGUUAUCUAUCCGCACCCGAGAGAGAACAUUUAGCCAGUCUGAUACGUUUGACACCGACCCAAGUGAAGAUAUGGUUUCAAAAUCAUCGUUAUAAGACGAAGCGGGCACAAAACGAAAAGGGAGUUUACGAACAACAUCCCGCUUUGCAUGGUCAUCCGCAUCAUCCAUCGGCGUUACCGUCACCAAGACGUGUAGCGGUGCCGGUAUUAGUGCGUAACGGUAAGCCCUGUUUAAGCGAUGGCUCUAAAGUACCCCAAGAUUGUGUGUCGGCUUCUAUGCAAAAUGCGGCAGCACACCAUUUAGUUCUGGCUAAUGGGGCGGCUGCCUAUCAACAUGCCGCAGCAGCGGCAGCAGCUGGCUUGCAUGCCGCCCAUCCGCAUCAAAGAGCCUGGUGGCAUUAGCUGUAAUUAGAUGCCGAUGUAUAACAAAAAUUUCGACAUCGAAGUGGAAUAUAUUAAAGUUCGAGAGUUAUAAGGCAAUCUCCCGAAAAGCUUUCUACCGGUGAGGUUAUUAAGUUUCAAUAAGCAAAAUUAUUUGAAUUUUAAAAAAAAAGAAAAUCAAUAAUGUACUUA